CUGUCACUGGGGCAUGUUUGGUGUGCCCGUGUUGACACAACGGCCGUAUGUGUGCCCACUAGGUGGGAUGGAGCUGACGUGUGUGUACUGCCUCUGUCUCCUCGCUGCCACACUAGGACCAGUCGUUGCUGUUUCGUGUAGCGGCCGUUGUAACGCUGGGAAAGUCGGAGACUGCUUCUGCAACAACCGUUGCCGUCGACAUGGAGACUGUUGUCAUGACUACCAAGAUGCAUGUACUACCCAGAUUUCACAAAGGAUAGCCACACCUCCGACAUUGGGUUCGUGUUCUGGUCGAUGUACCGUUGGCAGAGUCGGAACCUGCUUCUGUAAUGACCAGUGUCAGCGAAAUGGAGACUGUUGUCAUGACUACGUGGAUGUCUGUUCAAGUGGAGUUGUACCUGUAGCAACGCCAAACAGCCGAUCACUUGUCACCAUGCGUUCUAACGCUACCCUGACGGAAGUGGUGGCCGGACUGUGGGCGUCCGACGUGAACCGCCUCCCCCUCUCCGAGUUCAGCCUCAACUUCCAGAAUCACACUACUACCCGUGACACCAGCGACAGAGCAGUGUAUCCUCUGUUCAACAAUAUCAGCCAUGAGUUCUUCAACAGAAACACAUACAGACUAUUCAUCAACCUCCUUGACAACUACGACCCCAACGUCCGUGUGCCCGAGACUCUGACGGCUAGCGAGAGACAUGAAACCGAAGCUUUCCUAGAUGGCGUCGUAGCUACGGACACAAUGUCCUUCCUCCGUCAUUAUCUAGCGCAGCAAGGAGUGAUUCAAGACACGACCAUCGAUUUAAGGAAUCUGCUGAAAACUCUUUGGUUUGACCUUUACCCUCGGACGUCACGUGGUGUGGUCAGCAGCAGCGGGUUUGAGCACGUGAUGGUUGGAGAACUAAGAGGGAGCAGAGUGACAGGCUUCCACAACUGGAUUCAGUUUUAUCUGGAGGAACAACAGGGGCGGUUGAGCUAUGAAGGAUAUGUGACCAAGUUGGAGCCGUAUAUUCUCGGGGCCCGGUUCACGUGGAAAGGAGGGCGGAAGCAAGUCGGCAGUAUGUUUGUGGGCGUGUCCCCGGAGUUCGACAUGGCUGUAUACACCUUGUGCAUUGCAAUACAUCCCGGGGGUCUCUGUCAGUUCGACUUCAGGGGACACCAUAUAACAAUCAAGACCUAUGACAAUGCAAAUGUUCAAGGAGUCCAAGUUGCAACAGCCUUCAUUAGAAUGUAACUGUUAUAUUUUUGCUUCUUGUUUUACGUCGAAGUCAGCUUAACUUUAGCUGAACGGCCGGACUAAAAAGUAUACGCUUGAAAACUGUAUUCAACGACAAAUAUACAAACGUUAUCAAAACAUUACGUGGCUAGCAACAGAGGCCGAAACACUACAAACCUAACGUCCAAAGCACAACUAUGAUACCAUCAACUAACCAUGUCUUGUGUUUCAUUUGGGUUGAACCAACCAGUUUCAUUCACAGAUUUCUAUCAUAUUAAAGGAGAAUUUUGUAUCGAGAGUAGAUGCUUUUUCAGAAACAAUUACAAAAGCAGAUUAUUUUUUUAAUUUAAAAUUAUGAGCCUGAAGUUUUUAAAAGAAAGCACCUUGCAACAAUGUCAUUUUCUUUGUUUCGACAGUUUGAAGCAUAAUAAUGUUUGUCCAGAACUGUCGGGGAGAAUUUUUUUUUUUCGAUAGAACCAUCUUGUACCACUACCUGGAUACCAUUCAGAUACACGAAUCGUUUGAAUGUCUUGUUGCUUAAACCUACAGCUGCUUGUCAGGUGAAUGUAUUGCCAUUAAAUGGGUAGCGUCUAUUCGGGUGCAUGUGUUGUUUGAAUGUCUAACCACUAGACCAGGUAAUGUGUGGCUUGAAUGUCUAACCACUCGAUCACCUAAUAUGUUGCUUGGAUGUCUAGCCACUAGACUAGAAAAUGUACUGCCCUAAUGUCUAGACACUUGACCGGGUGCAUGUAUUUUUUUAUUUCUAGCAAAUAGACCAGGUGCAUGUAUUGUUUGAAUGUCUCACCACUAGACCAGGUAAUGUAAUGUUUGUAAAUCUUGCCCCUAGACCCGAUAUUGUAUUGUUUAAAUUGCCAUUAGACCAGAUAAACGAACGAACGAACGAACGAACGAACAUGUUUCCUCCAGAAUAUAUAUCCGAAGAUUUACAAUAUCUCUGAUAUUUUUCAGAGCCAAUGCAUAGUGCUAGCAUUUACAUGAAUAUGUGCAUUAUUAACACAAGAGCUGUUGCUAUACAACACAUGUAAAGAAGGGUUAAUCUAACAUAUUUUUUCAAAUUUAAGAUAUACUGACGUAAUAUUAG